AUGGCAGGGCCCUGUGCGCCCACCGUUCCAGAUGCCCCCGUUGCCCCGUGGAAACGCCAUAUUGUGCAGCAGCUGCGGCGGCGGGAUCGCACGCAAAAGGCACUCUUUCUGGAGCUGAUGCCUGCCUAUAACCGUCUCCUGGAGAAAGCGGAGCUUCUGGCCCAGUUCUCAGAGAAGCUGCAGCCGGAGCCGUGCACUGUCACUCUCACCACCCACGAGGGUCCCUGGGAGGAGGAGCCCGGGCCUGACUCAGACCAAGUGCAAUCACCAGCCACUCUAAGAGAGAAGUGGCAGGAGGAGGAGGAGGGGCUUCGGCUGGUCUGUGGUGAGAUGGCCUACCAGGUGGUGGAGAAGAGCGCUGCCCUGGGCACCCUGGAAACGGAGCUGGAGGCCAGGCAGAGCAGACUGGCAGAGCUGGAGGCCAGCGCAGCGCAGCUGAAGGAGGCGAGGGCGCAGCUGGCAGAGCAAGUGGAAGCGCGGCAGGCGCUCAACGCCGCGCAGCGGGAAGCCUAUGCUACGCUGCACGCGCACGCGGGGCUGCAGGAGGCGGCACUGCGCAGGCUCGAGGAGGAAGCGCGGGACUUGCUAGAGAGGCUGGUGCAGCGUAAAGCACGUGCUGCCGCUGAGCGCAACCUGCGCAAUGAGCGGCGGGAGAAGGCCAAGCAGGCGCGGGUCUCCCAGGAGCUGAAGAAAGCUGCAAAACGGACUGUGAGCAUCAGCGAGAAUCCAGAUACCCUCCGCAAUGGGGUCAGAAAUGAGACGGAGAUUCUGGCCUUGGCAACUGAGCCUGAGUCCCUUGAGAGUGAGACUUGUGAGAAGUGGAAGAGACCCUUCAGGUCUGCCUCCGCCACCUCCCUGACGCUGUCCCGCUGUGUGGAUGUAGUAAAAGGUCUUCUGGAUUUCAAGAAGAGAAGAGGCCAUUCAGUUGGGGGAGUUCCUGAGCAGCGAUACCAUAGCAUCCCACUGUGUGUGGCUGCGCGACUUCCAAGCUGGGCGCAGGAUGUGCUGGAUGCCCACCUCUCUGAGGUCAAUGCUGUUUGUUUUGGUCCCAAUAGCAGCCUCUUAGCUACUGGAGGGUCAGACCGCCUCAUCCGCCUCUGGAAUGUCGUGGGAGGCCGCCUGGAGGACAACCAGACCCUGGAGGGAGCUGGUGGCAGCAUCACCAGCUUGGACUUUGACCCGUCGGGUUCCCAGGUAUUGGCAGCCACUUACAACCAGGCUGCCCAGCUCUGGAAGGUGGGGGAGUUACAGUCCAAGGAGACACUGUCUGGACACACAGACAAGGUGACAGCUGCCAAAUUCAAGCUGACAAGGCACCAGGCAGUGACAGGGAGCCGAGACCGAACAGUGAAGGAGUGGGACCUUGGCCGUGCCUACUGUUCCAGAACCAUCAAUGUCCUUUCCUACUGUAAUGAUGUGGUGUGUGGGGAUCAUAUCAUCAUUAGUGGUCACAAUGACCAGAAGAUCCGGUUCUGGGAUAGCAGGGGCCCCCACUGCACCCAGGUCAUCCCCGUGCAAGGCCGGGUCACCUCCCUGAACCUCAGCCAUGACCAAUUGCAUCUGCUCAGCUGUUCCCGUGACGACACACUCAAGGUCAUCGACCUACGUGUCAGCAACAUCCGCCAGGUGUUCAGGGCUGAUGGCUUCAAGUGUGGCUCUGACUGGACCAAAGCUGUGUUCAGCCCAGACAGAAGCUAUGCCCUGGCAGGUUCCUGGGAUGGAGCCCUUUACAUCUGGGAUGUAGACACUGGAAAACUGGAGAGCUGCCUUCGGGGACCGCACUGUGCUGCUGUCAACGCUGUGGCCUGGUGCUAUGCUGGGAGCCACGUGGUGAGCGUGGACCAGGGCAGGAAGGUUGUGCUCUGGUCCUAG